AUGGAUAAAUUUGUUAGAAAAGAGUCCACCGAUAAUCAAUCACUUGGUCAAGGACAGGGAGCUGCACUUGAUAAUAAUGAUGACAAUGAUCCUACAGAUGGUCAGAUAGAGACAGAAAAUAUUGUUGGGGUUGAGGAAGUUAAUGAUGACAAUAUUGUUGCAGAUGUUAAUGAUUCCUUUCAGCCUGAUAUAUUUGAUCCUAGAUAUUGGGAUUCCCUUGAUCAUAAACAAAUUGAUAUUUUAGCACAAAAGGGCCCUACAAGAGAUUUAUCAAUUACAAAAGGUCCUAAGGAUAGAUAUUCCAGAAGGUUUUCUGCACUAUUCUAUACAAGAAUUUUAUCAAAUGGGGAGCAUCUUGGUAUUAGACUUAAAGAGCAUGAGACAAGUCCAAAUCAUGUUUUGAGUAUGACAACUUGGUAUGAGUUGCGUAGUAGAUUGCAAAAGGAUCAAACUAUUGAUAAAGAUGCUCAACGACAACUCGAGAAAGAAAAGGACCAUUGGAGAAAAGUUUUGUUCAGAAUUGUUUGCAUUGUUAAAUUUCUUGCCAAGCAUAAUCUAGCUUUUCGUGGGACUAAUAGCAAAAUGUAUGAAGAUAGCAAUGGGAAUUUCUUGGGAUUGGUAGAGAUGUUGGCUGAAUUUGACCCAAUUAUUCAAGAACAUGUUCGUCGUAUUACAAGUGAGGAAACUCAAGCUCAUUAUCUUGAUUUUAAGAUUCAGAAUGAGUUGAUACAUUUGCUUGCUUCUGCUAUUAAGUCUGAAAUUAUUAAGAAAAUAAAGAGUGCAAAGUACUUCUCUGUCAUACUUGAUUGUACUCCUGAUGCAAGCCACCAAGAACAAAUAUCUUUAAUUAUAAGAUAUGUUGACUCAUCUUCAAGUGAUGUUCGCGUAGAAGAAUCCUUUAUAGGAUUUUUGGAUGUCAAUGAUACAACUGGGCAAGGAAUUUUUGAUGUGCUAGAGAAUGAACUAAAGCUCCUUGGUCUUGAUAUAGAUGAUGUGAGAGGACAAGGUUAUGAUAAUGGGUCAAAUAUGAAAGGGAAACAUAAAGGGGUAAAAAAGAAACUUUUGGAUGUAAAUCCUCGUGCUUUCUAUUCUGCUUGUGGUUGCCAUAGCCUUAAUUUAACACUUUGUGAUAUGGCUAAGACUUGUGGUAAAGCUAAGGAUUUCUUUGGAAUCAUCCAGCGCAUCUAUACAACUUUUGCUAAUUCUACCAAGAAAUGGCAGAUUCUGAAAGAUAACAUAUCAGGAUUGACUCUUAAGUCAGUAUCAGCUACACGUUGGGAGAGUCGUGUUGAAAGUGUUAAAGCUAUAAGAUUUCAGUGCACAGACAUUCGAGAGGCUCUACUUCAGGUAUCUGAUGUUGAUAAUGAUCCAAAAACAAGCAGUGAGGCUAAGGGCUUGGCAAACAAUGAACUUGGAGAAUAUGAAUUUAUAUUGUCAAUCGUCAUUUGGUAUGAGGUAUUAUAUGCCGUUAAUUUAGUAAGCAAACACUUGCAAGGUUAUAGGGAAACUGGUUUCUCAGAAGCAUUAGAGAUUGCCAAAGGGAUUGCACUUGAGAUGGAUAUUGGUACAACGUUUCGUAAAAGAAGAGAAAUUAAAAGAAAGAAACAAUUUGAUGAGAACCUAGAUGACACAAAUGCUACUACACAGUCUGCCGAGGAGCUAUUUAGAAUAAGCUAUUUUUUACCUGUUGUUGAUCAAGCAAUUUCCUCACUCACAACAAGAUUUGAACAGUACCAAAGUUACCAACAAAAUUUUGGUUUCCUAUUUACCUUUGAAACAUUACAGUCAUUGGAUGACACGAGUUUGAAAUCUUCUUGUGAUAAUCUUGGGGCUGUCCUUACAAAAGACGGAAAAUCUGAUGUUGAUGCUAAUGAUUUGUAUGUGGAGUUAAAGUUUCUUCAACAUUUCAUUCCUAAAGAAAAUAUGGGUCCUGUUGAAAUUCUAAAGUUCCUAAAGCGGCAUGACUGUUUUCCCAAUGCAAGUAUUGCAUAUAGAAUUCUGUUAACCAUUCCUGUGACCGUUGCAUCAGCAGAGCGAAGCUUUUCAAAAUUGAAACUAUUGAAGUCAUAUUUACGUUCGACAAUGACACAACAAAGACUUAAUGAUUUGGCUACAAUAGCACUUGAAAGUGGAUUACUGGAGAAGAUUGAUUAUGAGCAUAUCAUUGAAGAUUUCAUUUCAAGGAAUACUAAAAGAAUGAAGUACUUCAAUUAA